ACGGCCAAGCGCUGAUAUGGACAUAAAAAUCCCAUUAGUUGUUAUGGACACUAAUUAAUCUCCCGCCGUGAGAAUAAGUCUCCUCCGCUCGGCUGCCGUCUUCAGCGCCGUCAUCCCCAGGGGGCCGCGGUGCCGGACUCGGACGGCGAGAUGGCCGCGGACGGCGGCGAGCCAGGAGGUGGCGGGAGCACGAGCACGCGCGCUCCUCUCCCCGAUCCCGAUAUGUGUGCCUGGCUGCUUGCAACCUCCGUGGGAUGGAGGCGGCGCGGCAGCAGCAGGAGGAGUGCCCGUGCGGCGAGGCCGAGUCCGCCGACCAGUUCGAGCGGCUCCACGACGCAGUGUUGCUCGACGUCCUCAAUCGCAUCGGCGACGUCAAGGCGCUCGGCCGCUGCGCCCUCAUCAAAACUCAGCUUGUUCCCAUGGUUUGAUUUGAGGAUUGGAUGGAAAGCAGAGUAUGUGCUUCCUGAGAUUCAUGGGGCUGUUGGCGCAGGAGAACCAGCCUUCAGUAUGAACUAUAGAAAGUUGCAUGCAUCGAUAGAUCGGGUCGAGGCUAUAGUUACUCAGUCAGAUCGGUAUUGAUCUCCCAGCGCGGAAAGGCAAGGGAGUUUCUUGAUCAAUAACAAACACGUUGAGUAGAUCCCAGGGUUACAAGAAGCAUUCUGAAGCUCCGUGCCUGAUGUACAGCAAAUAACAAACACGACCGUGUCCAGCUCCAUGUGGCGGCGCGCGAUGUCGGAGAGGAGGGCGCGGGCGCGCUGCGCGAGCUCGACGCCGUCGAGGAGCGCCGGGAGGUGGAGCAGGCGGCAGGAGGUGGCGGGCCAUGGAGAG